AUGGUCUUAUUCUUCGAUGGAUCCAACACUAAAGAAACAGCAGAAGCUGGGAUAUAUAUUUUAUAUCCUAGUAGAAUCUCAAUUAGGCUAGCAGUAACCCUCAAGGGUCCAUGCACCAACAAUAGAGCUGAAUAUGAAGCUUUAUUAAUUGGAUUUGAGAUGCUGCUAGAAUUGGGAGUCAAGAGAGCAAAGGUAUACGGGGAUUCCCAGUUGGUCAUUUACCAAAUGAAUGAAGAAUUCAAGAGUAUAUCAUCAGUAUCACAGGAGUGUUGCAAGAAAGCACGAAAGUUGUCUAAACAAUUUAAAGAAAUCACUUUCAUACACAUCCUCAGUGAAGAAAACAAAGUAGUAGAUCAACUGUCCCAAAUAGCUUCUGCUAGAGAGGAGACACCUUCACAAAAUGACGAUUUUAUUCUCCAAGAGAAGGUCCUAGAGCCUCUCAGUGAAACUGAUAAGGAAGGACCAGAAAAUAUAUUGGAAGUAUAUAGAAUUUAA